GCGGCGCCAACGGGAAGCAGCCCCGGGCGGGACCACGGCCCCUUCUCCUUCCCCCGCCUUCCCUGAAGCGGAGAGGCGGCUGAGGAGGAAGAGGAAGCGGCGGGGGAGGCGCGCGGGCCCGGCGGCAGCGGCGUGGCCCAGCGGUGGGGAUGUGCGGCCCGAGCGAGGGGCCUGAGCCUGAGCCGAGCGCGGGAAGAAGAUGGCGGCGCCGGCCAAGCCCUCGGCCCCAGCGCCGGCUUCCACAUCCGCGAGCAGCGGGGCCCCCAGGCCGAGCGGCGGGGGCAGCAGCGCGGGGCCUCCAGGCCGAGCCCGGAGCCGCAGCCGGGCGGGACUCGUGAGGCGGCGCUGCCAGUGGCUGCUCUCCUGGGUGCCGGUGCUCUUCAUCGCCAGCAUCCUGGCUUGGUCCUACUACGCCUACGUUGCCCAGCUCUGCAUCCUAACCAUGAAUAAUAUUGGAGAAAAGGUGAUGUGCCUGAUAACAUACCAUCUAUUUUUCAUGAUGUUUUUGUGGUCUUACUGGAAAACCAUCUUUACGUUACCAAUGAAUCCUUCCAAAGAAUUCCACCUGACCUAUGCACAUAAAGAAUUCUUAGAGAAAGAACCUAGAAGUGAAAUCCACCAAGAAAUUCUGAGAAGAGCAGCCAAGGACCUUCCCAUCUAUACACGAACAAUGUCUGGAGCAAUCAGAUACUGUGACAGAUGUCAACUUGUAAAACCAGACCGUUGUCAUCACUGUUCUGUCUGUGAUAAAUGCAUUUUGAAAAUGGACCAUCAUUGCCCUUGGGUGAACAAUUGUGUUGGGUUUUCCAAUUACAAGUUUUUCCUUCUUUUUCUGGCAUAUUCUCUGCUAUACUGCCUUUUCAUUGCUGCAAGUGAUUUACAUUAUUUUAUCAAAUUCUGGACAAAUGGCCUUCCUGAUACACAAGCCAAGUUCCAUAUCAUGUUUUUAUUCUUUGCUGCAGCCAUGUUUUCUGUCAGCUUGUCGUCUCUCUUUGGCUAUCAUUGUUGGUUAGUCAGCAAAAACAAAUCAACAUUAGAGGCAUUCCGAGCACCUAUUUUUCGACAUGGAAUGGACAAGAAUGGUUUUAGCUUGGGUUUCACCAAAAAUCUAUUACAAGUCUUUGGAGAUGAGAAAAAACUUUGGUUGUUGCCUAUUUUUUCUAGCCAAGGAGAUGGGUGUUCCUUUCCAACCUGUCUUGUUAACCAAGAUCUAGAACGAGCUGUAUCUCCAGCAGGACGUAGUAAUCCAAACAAAAAUGAGAAUAAUCCUCAUUUUCCUUCUAAACCAUUGCGAGAUUCCCAAAGCCACCUUCUUACUGAUACCCAGUCUUGGACAGAAACCAGUGCAAGUAUUGAAAAGAACAAACUUGGCACAAGCAAUCCUGCACUAACAAUGGAAAAUGAAACUUAGUCUUGCAAGUAAAAAUGAGAAAUCCUGGAUUUUCCAAUUCAAAAUUGUUGAUGAGAGGACGAAGGAUUCCUCCAUAACAUCAGCAUCCAUCCAACAGCUAUUCCCAUCCACUGUUGCGUGGAUCUGCUGCGAAGAUAACUUCAAGACCUAAUGUAGCUGUCUCCGUAUCAUCGCUUGAAAUAUAAGAUGUGUUUCCAUCUCUAUUGUGUAUCAAAGAAUGUUUGGGUCAAUGCAAAAUAAUGUCAAAAUACGAAAAAGGGGAAGGCUUGAAAAUUGCAUGUCGGGAAAGCAGGAUGUCUUUAAGACAUACAGGACAAUAAUUCUUUCCAAACAAGGACAGGUUUUGUAUUGCUGUUGAUAGCUCAGGUGACUGUAAAUAUUUUACAUAAAACCUGAAAAUGCUCUUGCAACCGUUCUUGAAUCUUUAAAUCAUAUCUAUGAUUUCUGCUUGCAAAUGACCCAUCUCCCUAGGAAUAUACUCCCAACUUUGAUUAGUUGACUGGGAAGCCUGCUGGUAGUUCAGGCAUAAUGAUUGGAACUACAUUCUUCUUCCUGUCUUCAAUUGAGUUAACAAUACCUCAGACCCUUUCUAAGCAAAUCACUUAUUUACUGCUAAGCUAUCAUUUAUCUUAAUUCGUAACGGAGAGGCAGUGCAAAAUUUCACACUUAAUUUAUAUGCCUGGGACAUGCAUUUAGACAUGCUCAGGAAUUUAUUUUUUGUGAAACUAAAUAUAUGAUGCAGCUCACUAUUUGGUUAUUCAAUCUUAAUAGAAACACCGUUAAUAACAUCAGAUUUUAAAAGCAUAACCUAAAUUCAUACCUGUAAGUGGCUGUUUUAAUUACACUAUGCUUUUUUUUCUAUUUGGAUUUACUAUUCUUGAAUGGCUGCAUUCCUCAUCGUUUUUCUCCUGAUGAUGUAUAUAUGAGGCCAUGUUACCAUGUUGCACUCAUGCUUACACUACAGCCUAUAUAAACAGCCAAAUGAGCUUUGCAGAGGCACAUCAUGAAUGAAACUAACAGUCCUCUGAGACUUGGGGACAGGUUUUUUUUUGUAGGAUUGUUUUAAAAAAAGCAGCUUUAAGAUUUCAGAAAAUGUCUGAAGCCAAGGAAAUUGCAGUUUCACAAAUAUGCUUUUAUCAGUGCCUUUGCAUACAUGUCCAAUGAAAUUGUAUACAUUUAAUGUGCUACGUAAGACAUUGCUGUUUACAUAAAAUAGGUGAUCCUAUUUAAUUCUGUAAUGGUUCAUGGAAAGUGAUUAAUACCUAAGAAACUAACUGAAGAAAUUGUGAAACUCAUUCAGUGCCACAGCUGAAAAAGAGAAACUGCCACUUUCAAAAUCAGUGUGGAUUUUUUAAAUAGGCACGGGACAAUGCAGAUGUGGCUCCUUGGCUGUAAUAUUUCAGAAAACCAUUAUUUAAUCUUUGUAGCCAAGUCAAUAGAAUCUGAUUUAUUUCAGAAUUAUUCUUCAGGGUGAUAGGGUUUUUUAAAAGUGAGAUGGCAUGACAUCUCUCUAAUGUAAGUGUAUGACCUUGGAAGACAUGUGUCCCCUAACAUUUUCAUCCCCAUGAAAAUCUUUGCAGGCUCAAUCACCAAAAGUGCCAGAAUAGGACUCUCAAGAGUUGGGAUAUCUGAGAACAAAACAGGGUGUGCUAUAGCAGUUUUUACACAGCAUACAUUAUGCAUUUUAACGGUCAUUAGUAUCCAUAGCAUCGUCUUCUAACUCAUUAAUUUUUGUGUUUGGAUUUGGAUAUAGUCACAAUGGGAAACUCCACAGCCAAAUCAAAGUAAUAUACUGUGAUGCAUUUCCAGUUGUGCAGAGCUGUAUUUAAUAGUUACUACAACUCAUCCUUAAAAAGGGUCCAAGAUGAUGAGAGAAUCGGGAAUUCCUUGUUUCAUUAUGUUUCAUUAAAAUUCAGCUAGCAUAUUACUGUAUAAAUAUGGCGUUCAGCACUGCUUCAUGGAAAAGGAAGCUGACAGCAUUUUACCAUCAGUAUUUUCUAAGAAAGGAGAUUUCAUAGAUAGGCGAUAUUCGUACAAAAUAUAUAGUCAGCCCUGUAGUGCAGAUGGCUCAUUAUAGUGAUGCAUUUUUCCCAAGCUAUUCAGGUGUUACUUGUCAGAAUGAGAAGAUUGUAAAUGUAGCCUAGCAACAGGAACAGCUCUCAUACAUUUCUGUCAUUGCUUGGAAGUAGGUUUCAUUGCAAUGGAACGCCCAAUUACAUGUAGGCUACUGUGUGGUUAUGAAUUAAAGAAAUAGUCAUGGCAGUAAGUAGAGCUAUAGAGGUGCAGUGAGAUUCCUCUUCUGGGGCUUUUUAAAAAUUACUAUAUAAUGUCUUAUUGGUGGGGAAGCAGACAGCAAGUUUUCCCUGUAAUAGUAAAUGAAAAAUGCAUCAACUUCUGCUAUACAAGGUCAAUUUGGGAAACUACAGUUUUGAAUAACUGAACAAGAGGAUGGUCAUCACAUUCUAUUCAGUUAGUCUAUUGACUAAGUUUGGAUAUUUGUACAUGGGCAAACACAACAAGGAUAUGUUUUAGAUGAUGCAUUGUUGUAGGAAUUUUCCUUCCAAAGCAAGAGAGAAGAUCCAGUUUGCCACCUGCCGUUUUUGUAAGUACUUGUGCAUAUAUAUAUAUAUAUAUAUAUAUAUAUAUAUAUAUAUAUAUAUUGCUGGCCUCUUCACCAGGACCGUGUUUGAUAAGGCACAUGGAGUAUUAAACUGAGUGGAUCUCACUUCUAAGCAGGCUAGCAUUGUUGAAUAUUCAGUCUGUUUGAAACUAUUUAUUGAGAUUGGAGUAGUCCAAUUUUGCAGCCUGUUCUGUGGUCCCCCUCAUACUGUCAACCUCUAAAAGGUGCCUCUGUGCCUAUUCCUUAUUUGUGGGAGAAGAAAGGGAUAGACAAUUCAGAGGAGGAAGGCUCAGCUGCUAUAAGCUUGUAUAGGGAAGAAAGGAAAGACCGCUUCCUUCCCCUUAGAAUACAGACCAAAAUUAAGGGAGACCAUAUCUGCAAUCUUCAACUACACUUGUUAAUGCAAUAACAAGACUCUUGCCAAAAACAGAUGGCAUGAUUAGGUAACUAACAGUGAUUCAACUUUUAAAUUAUUUAACCAUAGAUAAGCACAUACUGCAAUGCUAGUAUUAUCCCCCCAGUCUUGCAGUAAUCAAUGUGCCACUAAAAAAGUAGGAUGCAACAUCUACUCAAGGUAUUUUUCCUCUCAGUUCAUUUGUAACUACCAGAUAGUGUUACAAUUCCUACCGAUUUUUCUAAAAUUCGAAGACAGAUUAUUAAGCAGUUUCACAAUAUUUUGGCAGUAUUGAUUUCUCUACUUAAUACUGAAAACAAAGCAAGCAUUAAUGCUGUAGGUACAUUCAGUCAUUUUCUAUAUUGGCACCUUUUCCCAACAGUUGUUUUCAUAUGCAUGUCCAGGAAAUUUUCGCCUCCCCUUUCAAAAUUAAUUGCAAUAAAAGGAAUAUUUCCAAGACACCACAAACAUCUAGCAUGACCCUUUUCAUUUUCAUUUAUGACAUGAUUUAGCAAAACUGCAGGCUCAAAUUAAGACACCAGCAAAUUUGUCAGACCAUAACGGCAGACAAUGGAAUAUGGGGGCGUUAAUCUUUAUAAAUGUUUUCUAUCAGACUGGUGAAAAAGUAAACCUUCAUGUUGAAAAUGUUCAGGGAUUUCAAUAAUUCCUCUAUUUAGGAGGAAAUAAAACUGAAUAGUGAAGCAGAAAUCUCAGCUGCUGUAAUAAAUCUAUUACUGGUAUGAUUUUUUAAAGAUUAAGAUUUUUGUGUAUCGUUCCAAAGAGCUAUUGCUAUUUUCGUCGAACAACUCUUUGAUUUUGUGGCAAUUUGAACUAGUUAGAAUGCAGUCUGAGAUAGGAGUGUGUUUUUUUCCCUUUCUCAGAGCUGUCAGAGUGCCAAAACUGCCAGUAUGGAAAGUUAACAAUUGUUGAUUAAUAGGCCUGAAGUAGUGUGGAGUGGAGUCAUGUGAUUCACACAAAAAAUAAUAUAUUUUAUUAGGGUGUAGUUCUGAUAUUUUAAAAAAUACCUUGCAAAGAUGAUAUCAAGCCAUAAUGACGACUUGAGGAGGAACCAGCACUGGAGAUCAAAUAUACACAGCUGAAAUUAUGCAUUAGGUAGACAAAAUCUAUUAAGAGUGAGCAUCCUGAUAAGCACUAUAUAUGAAUGAGAUCAGGAUAAAAUCAUCUUACAUUGAAGGAACAGCAGUUUCCACUUUCAUAGCAAAUCUCAUGCGUUGGUGGAUGAAGGUGGGAGGAGGAAAGCGAUUUGCUCCACAGCAGUUAGCGCAAGUUAUUCAAGUGGCUACUCUGUUAAUAUUGCUUUAUGUGAAUAUUAGGUGCAUGUUUGUGUGUAGAAUGGCUUUUGAAGACCAAUAUUGUACUGAGUGAACACUGCAAAUUAACCUUGUGGGAUACUCAGGAUAUUGUGAGUGGAGAAGCUUCUCUUCACACCUCCAAAGAAUCCAUUCUUGAGGACACAGAUGACAUUUUUGCACCGCUCCUCAUUUUGUUUGCUGCUCCUCCCCUUUGAUUUCUUCACUAAGGCUGGCGGGAUCCCCGAACCAGAAUGAAGAGUCCUAGCUUCCAAAUAUUCUGUUCCAAAAUGGCUUUGCAUUGUCAUUCCUAUAAAGAAAAACACUCCCAACGCUUGCCUGAGUACGUAUUGCCUAGGUGCAACAUCGUACAUAAUAGCUACAGUGUUUGCACAGAGUAGGAUGCUUCUUGCUUUGCUUUUCUUUUGUACUUUGUAAAGCAGUAUAUGUAUUUUUGUAUCAUACUAACUUGCUGGAAAACAAAUUAAAACCUUUAAGACAAAUUACCAAAA